AUGGAACUUACAUUGGACCGGAUGAGAACUGUUUCCAAAGGAACACGUGAAUUUGUAAUACGCACAGCUCACGGCCCCACCGAGCCGCUAUCCAUUUUGAACCCUUUCACAGUUCACACCCUGUCCUGCGCGAAUUUCACCUCGGAAGGUCGCGCUGUCCAGACCCGGCUCCGAUCUUGCAACCAUGGCCAGUACCCACCUGACAGUACCUUGCUCUCGACUAGACCAGCCAGCAGCAACGUGCCGGCAGGAUCCGUUCCGCGGGCAGUGAUUUACAGUACUAGUUGGCCUCCAGUCUACGGAGUAUGGAGAACACCUGUCUCAGCUCUUAACUCCGUAACUAGCGAGGCAAAGCUGUGUUCAGUCUGCUCUGCCUGCACAGGUGGGGUGAGCGAUGUCAUGGGUCAAGAUGAAACUGGCCCAUGCCCGGUGCUUGUUUUCUGGUUGUUUGGAUUUGGAGGAGCCGCAACUCUGUUUGUCCACCUCACAUCCCGCUUGACAACCGCCCGCUGCUGUUACGGAUACAGUACAGUAUAUUGUUCAUACACGGGUAUCUCAUACAACAACCACCUGAGCUGGAACCCAAACUGGAACCUUACCUAA